CCCUACCAAGGCGGCCGUGUCUCCAAAUCUCCCUCGGAAAAAAAAGCGGCGGCUCUAAAUCUCUCCGCCGUGCUAAACCCUAGCCUCAGCGCCGGCGGCCCAACCCCGCCGCCGACGCUUCGAUCCCCCGCCCCCUCCCUCCCAGCGCCCCCGCCUCCACCGCGCGUCGCCGCCGCCGCCGUCGCGGAACCCGCCCUUCCUCGUCGGGGACAUCUCGUUGCCGCUGUCUCCGCCCCGUGAGCAAUGGCAACACAAGCAGGAACCGCGUCUGCUCCUCGUUUAAGUCCCCAAGUGAUUUGCUCUGUAUUUGUUGAGCAAUAUUACCAUAUCCUGCACGAGACACCAGACCAGGCGCAUAAGUUUUACCAAGACACAAGUAGGAUUGGCCGGACAGGUUCUGAUGGGGUCAUGGAAUACGUAACAACAUUGCCUGAGAUCAGCAAGAAAAUUAUGGCCAUGGACUUCAGCAAAUACUUGACAGAGAUAGAGACUGCAGAUGCAGUGUUAUCCCACAAUGGUGGUGUUCUCAUUGUUGUUACUGGAUCAUUAACCAUGGUUGAUGACUUCUGCCAACGAUUUACACAGUCGUUCUUCCUGGCGCCACAAGAUGGUGGCGGCUAUUUUGUUCUCAAUGAUAUUUUUAGGUUGAUAACACAAAGGAAUCUAGAAAACGGAAGAACUCAGAAGGAUGGGCCUGUUGCUCAAUCAGUAGCAGAUCCUGCUCCAGCUGUGGUGGUGGAGCGUUCGACUACUGACCUUGUUGCCGACAUGGACGUUCAGAAUCCCACUGUUAAUGGCACAACUGUUCAAAGUAACCCGAUUGCUAAUGGAGCAGUUGAAAAUAAGGUUGAGCCAUCUGUGAAGGUGACCAAAGAGGUUCCCAAAAAGACCUCUGUUGCUGUUCCCCCCUCUCCUCCUGCCCAGAAGGAUAACCCUCCUCCAGCUCAGAAGGAUAUUCCAAAAAAGACGCCUGUUGCUGCUUCUCCCCCUCCUUCUCCAGCUCAGAAGGAUGUCACUAAGAAGACUUAUGCAUCGAUUGUGAAAGUCAUGAAGGAGGGCCCACCAACUCCAGUUGUCAAACCUAAGCCAUCUCCUAAACCUGCGACCAAGCCUCCAACCAAGGCUGUUGAAGGUUCAGAAAAAUCUUCUGCAAAGCCUCCGCAGGCUGCUGAAGCCACUCCAGCUGGCACGAGUGUUGCCAAGAAUAAAACUCCUCAUGAUGAACAAGGCUUUUCGAUUUUCAUCAAGGGUUUGCCUUACAAUUCGACUGUCCCAAUGGUUGAAGAAGAGUUUAAGAAAUUUGGUACAAUCAAGCCAGACGGCAUCCAAGUUAGGAACAACAAGAUUGAUCAGUACUGCUUUGGCUUUGUUGAAUUUGAAUCCCAGCAAUCUAUGCAAGCAGCAAUUCAGGCAUCUCCACUUUAUAUUGGGGACACUGAAGUGGGCAUUGAGCAGAAACGAACCAGUACGAGAGUUGUGAAUGGUGUUGUCAUGAAUGCUGGUGGAGGUGGUCGUUUCCAAUAUGGGAGGGGUCACCGUGGUGAUAACUUCAGAGGACGGGGAGGUGGCUUCAUGAACAGUGUGAGCUACCGUGGCGGCGAUAACUUCAACAGGAGGGACGAGGGUGAAGACUUCAGCAGGAGGGACGACGGCGACAACUUCAACAGGAGGAACGACGGCGGUGAAAACUUCAACCGGAGGAACGACUUCCGAAACCGGAACGAGCUUUCAGGCCGCGGGCGAGGGACGCACCAGGGGAAUGGCUAUCACCACAACGGGAACGGCUUCCACCAGCCACGGCCCUUCCAGAACGAGAACGGGAACGGGAGGUACGCCCGUGUCAACAACGGCCCUAAGCAGACACCGGUUGCUGCUGCAUAGAGGUGCUCCCAGGGGAACCCGGUUUAGGGGAGCUUAAGAAUAGGAGAUCAUUUUUUGGAACUGGUUACGAGUUUAGCGCUGGUCGUUUGGUGGUGUAAGGUGAAUUUGGCUGGUGAACGUCAAUUGGUUGGCUGUGUUGCGAAAAUUGAACUGUGUCGACCGGAACUCUGGUGGUCUGGAAUGUGGAAGCGAAGUUCUGUUCUGUCUUCAUCAAUAUUUGUGUUGUCAUUUGA